AUGGAUCCCCUCAGUAUCGCCAGCGGCGUGGCUGGUCUUUUGACGGCUACAGCUGCUGUCAUCAAAGUCUUCGAUACCGUCAAAUCCAGCAUAGAAAACUGUCCCCGGACGGUCAUGUGGGCGCACGCCGAGGCCAAGGAGAUAAAGUGGGCUAUUGAGAGACUCAAGAGCUUGAUCGACGACCCUGAUUCAGUGCCCAAAACUGCUCGUAUGUCGGUUGGUAUUCAUGAUGCGACUGUUACCAUCAGUGAGUUAGUUACAACGUGCGAUCGCCUCGUUACUACUCUUAAACCUUUGAACUCUGAUGGUUCUUUGGCUCUCACAAAGUGGGAUAAGAUAAAGUGGUUCCGAGUGCAGGACGAUGUGGUGAAGUACAUACGGCAAUUGCAAGCUCACAAGGGCUCUGUUACUCUCAUCUUGAACAUACUGCAAUGUGAAUCAGACGUAGUCAUCGCCGAGUCUCAGCAUGCACUCGGUCUCAAGAUUGAUGCCGUCCUAGCCUCCAGCGAAGUAACCCAGAAGCGCAUCGAUGGUUUGGAAGCGCUCUUCAACAAAUUUAUCGCCGAUAAUGCCACUUUGUAUCCCUCCAACAGAUCCUCCAUGGUUCCAACACUGGCUCAGUGGAGAGAAGAAGAUGACUCUACAGACAUCUCGUCGGUAUUCACAUCACGAAAAGACCACGACCAAGAGGACUGGAACGGCUUCCACCCAAGCGCAGAGCGAUCACUGAGUUUCCCUUCCACGGGAGCAAACGUCCCAGAACUAGGCCUGCCCAAACUCAGGCGUUCAACUUCAGGGGACAAUGCCACUGCAAAUGGCACCAUUCCAAAACCACGCCGUGACUUUGAGGCGGCUCUGGGAGAGACAAGAGUUUACCAGCGCGUCUACAAUUCCACAGAUGCCUUCUCCAUAUAUUCUUCCCGUACUAGGUCUAUCGCAGGCUCUGUGAUGACCAGCUUCAGUCUCGCCGACGACUCUUCCAUCCUCUCAGCAUUCCCCAUAAUGAGCAGGGCAGAGCUGCAGAAUCCUGAGUACUACGCACACAUGAGCGGCAACCAACGUAUAUCAAGAGAUCUGAUGAGAGCCAUCACCACACGAAGCGUCGUCAAAUCUCCAAUUGAACCCAGCCCAGAGGCGCCCUUCUCCCUGAAGCAGUUCCGAUCCCCUCCCAACUGCGGUGAGAAUGUCAUGGGUCGAUGGCAUCAGUCACGAACCAAGAUCUGGCGGCCCAAAGAAUUCCGUACAGAGAUUCAAUUUGAAGUCCCUGUCAUCUUCGUCUCUUCAAGGUCCAGAAACGGACCUAUCCCAGAAGCCCAAGUCUACGCAAUCGACGGGACUAGGAAGAGUCUCGAUGAUACUCGAACUGACCUUGAACCACCUCCUGCGAGUACCAUGACCAAAUCAGGCCGCAUGGUAAAGAACGAGCGUGCCACUUGGCUCACCCUCUUGUCUAGUCUACAGAAGAUGGAGAACGAGUCACAGAACUGGACAAGGCAGCAGAUCAUGGGUCUGAGACCUCGUCCAGCCAGCGCGACAGCCAUACUUACAUCCAUCGCCGGAAAACACAGUCUUGGCGUUGCGCUGCAGCGUGAGAGGAAAAGCUGGGAUGACAUGCCUGCAUCUAUCAACCGUCCCUACGCAACUACCACUAUGAGCGAGUUGAUAGAAAUGCUUGCCAUGCUGGGUAUAUACUGGCGCGACUUCAACUUCACAUACCACGUCUACCAAGCUGAAGGGAACGGCUUCCUUGUCAAGGGUCACAAGAUCAGUGGCCUGGGUAUCAUGUUCCAUUUCCAAGCUUUAGAGAAGGCUGUAUUCCUGGCUAACCGCCCUGUACCAACUCAAGCAAUAAGUCAACUCGCCUUUGGCCGACUUCCAACGGUAUUCCCAUCUGGGCGUGCUGCAGCCAACGAACAACCCCACGAUUCCCAGUCCGUUCGUCUCGGAAGUCGUACAGACAUCGCAGAUACUUUGGCCACGUUUGGCUGUGACCGCAAAUCAGCCAAUUACUUCCUACGAGAUGGCGCUGUGACUUCCCACAUCUUCCCCAUCACGUUCGAGCUUAUAGGCAUGGUCGGCCAGAUUUUCCACAUCAAAGAUCUUUGCUUCAGAUACAUUCCGAAUCCGUGCUACUGCGUUUGGAGCACGAGAGGUUUCUCCUUACAGAGACUACUUGUUUCGUAUCUCAAGUAUCUCCAAGAAGAUCCGGAUAUGGCACGCGGACAACUCCCCAUCCCUGUAAAUACACUCUUAUCUCCCAAGACAAGCAUACAAUCCCAAGUCACAACGUCUCAGAGCUACAGUUGGCAAACCCAAGACGCCCUCCAUUCGGUUCUCGAUCAACUUGACAACAUUCUCGAACCAAACUCUACCAUGGGGACUGACACUUCACGCUCGCGUCUUACACAAGACAUCCUCGGUGCGCAUUUCCAGGAAGUUCUCUCCCAAAUGAACACCAAACCCAGUCCUGCGUCCUCUACCACGGCAUUCCCCCGCUUUGAAGGCCCAAACACGAAUGACAAAGAAGAUCUCCUCAUGAAGGCCUACUUCCAACAAAUCCUCCCCGCAGUGCUUAGGACCAUAUCAGCAGCAUUUUUCGCCGUCAAAACCUCUGACUCGGAAUUCCACAUUGUCAAAGGGGAAGCAGCCCAGGCAACCGAGUACGCAGCGCAUAUUUUGACUUCGAAAGAGGUAUGGUGUACUCUUGUGCUACGCAUGAUCUGCUGGCUCAUGUUGCACGACUUUGAUCGGGAUGAUGUUCAAAUUCCCAAAGGGGAUUUGUUUGGCAGUAGGCUGCCUGUUUAUAUUUCAUAG